UCAGGAGUUAGGAAGACUUCUGGACAGAGCAAAGUCAAGAUGAAUAUCCCCUUACUUCUGGCUCUUAUAUUUGGAGCAGCUUCUGCUCUUCAUCUGGAGACUACCAAUUUUGGGAGCCCCCUGGUAGAUGAGACCCAGCUUCAAGAUGGGAAGACCCCAGAACACGAGGCAAAUGAGGUCCCUAUGGGGGAAUUGAUGCAGCUGCCCGAAGAGGAGGAAGGAGGUUCUGGAAGUGAAGGUUUCCUUGAGGAAGAGAGGGCUGUCGAAUCAAUCCCAGACCAGGGUGCGGUGGACAAAAACUUUCAGUGCCCUAAGGAAGAGGACACAGUAGAACUUGCAGGCAGACCUGGGUGCAAGUACUGCCGACGCUACCUCCUGGUGAGACGGGCCAUGAAUUUUAACCAUGCUCAGUAUACUUGCCGAAGUUGCUACCGGGGCAACCUCAUCUCCAUCCACAACUUCGGCCUCAAUUACCAGCUCCAGUGCUUAGUCAGGGGACUCAACCAGGGCUACGUCUGGAUUGGAGGAGUGGUCACAGGAACGGGUCACUGCAGACGUUUCCGCUGGAUGGAUGGCAGUUGCUGGAAUUUUGGGUACUGGGCUUCUGGCCAGCCCUCAGCCUGUAGUGGUGGCUGCGUGACCAUGUGUACCCGAGGAGGUCAGUGGCGUCUAGCACACUGUCUUGCACAGCUUCCCUUCAUCUGUUCCUACUGAGCUGGACCCUGUGGCACACUCCUACGUGGCGGCCUCCUCCCCCCUGCAUGCUUCCCCUUCCCCCCACACCCUACAAUAAAAUUCUU